ACGUUCUAGUGUACAAAUGCAUUUUGAAGUUAGUACUGAAAAAACCUUAUUAUCUUGCAUUUUGUAAAAUUAUUCACAACACAACUUACCGAUAAAAAUCCAAAAUAAAUAUAAAUAUAGCUGAACCGCCCACUCUAAACGUUAGUUUAUGUAUUAAAAUGAAUUUAAGACAGUUUGUAAAGUUACAAUUACUUUUAAUAUUUCUUAAUUUGACUUCAAUAGUACGGCAAGUGAGUUCAAAGGCCGACAAUAAUAUUGAAGACUUUGAAAAUUUUGAUAAUGAAAUUGAUGUGAACGAUCAAAGUGCUGAAGCAAAAACACGCAAUGCGAUGUCAUCGCCAUUCACACGUUGGCCAAAUCGUACAAUUGUCUACAAAAUAUCUCAAAACUACACAAAUGAAGAAAGGCAGACUGUGCGGAAAGCACUCGAUUUCUUUAAUAAAAAUACGUGUCUAAAUUUACGUGAAUAUAGUCCGUCAAGGGAUGGAAGUCGACGUUAUUUACACUUUACACGCUCUGAUCAAUAUUGUGGCACACGUGUGGGAUACAAUCCGUUAACGCCUUUCGGACCGCACGAUUUGACUUUAACACCAAAAUGCCUACAGAUGUCUGGAAUUAUACAACAUGAAACUAUGCAUGCAAUAGGUUUGUUUCACGAGCAGAGUCGAACUGAUAGAGAUGAGUAUGUGGAAAUCAAUUACGACAACAUACCCAGAAAAUUUUGGCCUCAAUUUAUGAAAUCGUCCAAUGCUAUUACAAGCACUUAUAAUAUAUCUUAUGACUAUAAUAGUAUGAUGCAUUAUUCUCAGUUUGCUUUUGCUAUAGAUCCAAAUGUGCCUACAAUUCUAGCAAGAGAUGGUGAAAAAUUAAUUAAUCGGACAAUGGGACAAAUUAUUGAACCUUCUGUUGCGGAUUUAACAAAAAUACGCAUUAUGUACAACUGCCCAAAGGACUAAAAACAGAAAUUUAUUGCAUAAUAGUAGAAUAAACUUCAUAAAAACUUUCACAUAUAAAUUUUUUUUACCUGUACUACAUUCCAUCAUUGAAAUCUUG